AUUAUUUUCAUUCAAUGGCUGGAUCAUUCAUGGGGAGGAUUUGUAUUGCUCUCUUCAACCACCCACUACUAAUGUGUCCUCCUCAAGUCUAGAUCUAUGUGUGUGUGUGUGAGUGGUUCUUCUUUCUGAAGUGUUCAUUUGGAAGUGUUCAUCAAAGUGCCACUUUCAAUUAUGUGUGAGAUUCAUUGGCUUUGGAUAGACUCAUAGCAUUGCUCAAUGUUUACCUAAUUAUUUCCAGAAAUGGAUUACUCCAACAGUUCACGACGAAAUCCUUGAUUGGAAACAAAUUAAUUAGGAGAGAGACACAAGUAGUUACACAGCAGCAUGGCGGAGAACUCGGAGAAACAAGAACCAUCAUGGCCACCUAUUGACCAAAGAGAGAGAACUCUGUACGAGAUCUUGUUUUAUAGCCAGGGUCCAGUGGAUGGAUAUCUCUUAGGAGACAGUAUCAGGGAUUUGUUCCUCAAGUCAGGACUACCUCUAACUGUAUUAAGUCAGAUCUGGAACCUGGCUGACGUCAGCAAUGACAAUGUCCUUAACGUCCACGAGUUUGUUCUGGUCAUGCAUCUUAUCACGGGCGUCAUCAAGGGGCUGCCUGUGCCAAAAACGCUGCCCAGAAACUUGACUCCCCCGAAAACUGCACCUGUGAUUCUUCCAGACAUGAGCCCACAAGAAAAGUACGCCUAUUCUCUUGUCUUUCAGUCAUUUGAUGCCAAAAACAAAGGAUCCAUUGAUGUUUCCAUAGCGACAGAGAUUUUUCGUGCCAGUCAGCUGAGUGAUGACGUAUUGAUUCAAAUCUGGGAUCUUGCGGACUUUGGUCGCGACGGGAAGUUGAGUCUUGAAGAAUUUUCCAUAGCAUGCCAUCUGUUGAGACACGUCAAAGAAGGUGGUCAGCUCACUGGACCUGUGGAUAUAUUUCGUUACGCUCCUGGAAGUAUAGCCCAACAGUCUCUGAGGGCUAGAAAAAAAAGAGUGGCAGAGUACGAGGACCACAAGCAAAAGUUAAUGUUAAUGAAAGAGAAAAGAAAAUGUCAGGUGGAUAGAGAGACUCGACGUUUAAAUCUUGCCAAGUCAAAAGUUCAAGUUUUUCAAGAGCUGUAUGAUUUACUCGUAUCACUGGAGACAGAAAUAAAGACAGUAGAGGACAUCCAACAAACAAUAGCCAAAGAAAGUGAUAACAUUCAGAGACAAGAGGAAAUAGUAGACAGAGUGAAGAAAGACCACGAGAAGGUCAGGCAGGAAACUGUCAAGAUCAUUCUUGGUGAGCAGAAGUUUAACAACGACAUCUCCAUCAUAAAGCGAGACACUGACGAGUUGAACAAGAGACUUUUGGCUGUACGGACACCAGCUACCAAAGAUCCAGAUCCGUUCCAUCAGUUGUACGAACAAAGAAAAGAGAAAAGACAAGGCUCGACAAUCAAAGAUUUAGAUAAGAUUGAGAUCCAGGUCCCUUUCGGAUUCUCUCCCUUUGACAUUGACACCCUAUUACAUUCUAAAGCUAUGUCUUGGGCUACGGGAGAUAACUCCGCUGUGCAGUCGCCAGAGAAUGUUAAAAACUUGUUAUUGAACUUGCAUGAGUUUGGUGAACAGUUCCUGGCGACUUGGAGUCAAGAGUUAGUCGUCAACACGGACAAAACACAGAGUGACGAGGAUCAAAUCUUUCAAGAAAUAUAUGAUUGUACUGAUGUCAACUGGCCAGACUGGGACUGGUCAACUGAUGGUCUUCUGGGGCUAACCAACGACCAAGUGUCUCAGUUGAAGCUAAAGCUUACAGAUCUCAGAGAGACCAUCCAGAAGUUAAACUCCGAAGCAGGGAGACUCGUUUUUAGAAAUCCCGAAGACUAUACUGCUAGACAAAGAGCCAGGGAACAGGAAGAGAAAACAGAGAAAUCCCGAGUGCCUAGAAGAUCUAUAACAGAUCGCCUUAGGGCCGGAAUCAAAGGGGCAGGAAGAACCAAAGACGCUUCUAAGAGAUACAGCUAUGCAGGGGAGAGAAGUAUUUCGUUAGACACACCGGAAGUAGCAAGAGCCGCCAGAGAAUAUCGAUUAAACAGACGUUCCCAGAUUGUGGACAACAAUGACUUCCAGGAACACGAAACUCUGAGAGAACAGAGACAUGAAGAAAAGCAACCGUCUAGUAAAGACGACUCGGUAACUAUUCCCAACAUUUCUAAUCCAGACACAUCUACAUUAACCCUCAAAACAAGCCGAAGAAAAGAUGAUCUUUCUUUGGAUUUGGCUUCCAUCGCUUUAGGAAGACGAAUCCAAGUGGAGGAAAUCCCGGUUCCAGUUUCAAGUGAAUGGAAUAAAAAGUCUGAGCAGACAAUACCAGAUCAAAGGACAAAUAUUUUAUCUCGUUCAAAGUCGGAAGACAUUUCUCUGACUACCUCUGCAAGUUACGAACUUUCAUUGGGUAACCGACCACCUUCAAUUCCAGAGACUCCUGUUCGAUCCUCAAAGAAAGUUAGAGCGCCUGAACCUCCAGCUAUCACUGCCAGCUCAACCGCUUUUGUCAACUCAACUGUAACAUCCGAGAAAAACCCAGAUAUUUUCACUUCUGCUGAUCCAAGUUCGACAGAUUCCACCAAUCAAAUCAUUUCACAAAACAACGUACGUGUUACAAAAGCAGAUAGGAACUCUGCAGCAGAUGUAGAGAGCAAAAACAGCAAAGCCUCAAGCGAUUCAUUCUCUGUGCCACAAAGACCUCCUAGACUGAAAAAACGAUUAGGCUCUUCGGAAACCUCUCUAGAGCUUCCAUCCCCAGAGUCUCCACCAGUCCUAAACAGUUAUAGCGCUUUCCAAGGUUUAAUAGACAGUUUAGAUUCUGAACCGUCAAAACAUGAGAAAUCACUUACAAUCCCAGAAAUCAAUCAUCUUGAACAUAUAGUUACACCUAAGGAAGACUCCAAUACAAACGUAGAUAUUAUACAGAUUUGUUCUGACACGAACACAGCUGCUCAAGAAGAAACUAUUAUUACCAAGUUUACUUCAAAUGUACCAAAUACACACGAAACUCUUUCUCUAGAAUCUGAUCAACCUUUUGAGAUCUCCAUUCAAGAGGCUAGACAAUAUCCAGACAGUAAUCCUAUUACGUCAACUGAUUUGGAAGUGUUGGACGAUUCGGUAGACGUCACAAUGUCCAUGGUUCAGAUUCGCGUGGAAGCCAAGUUGCCUAGUAACGCGCAGCUCUUGGAUUCGGACGAUGAGGCCCCUCCACCUCUACCUACUUCUCCUCCACCUCUCCCCAGUUCUGCUCCUCCACCCCUUCCCCUCAGCACAGCGGAGGCACCCUUGAUCGACGUCAGUCUCUUGGACCAAGAAGAAACGCUUAUCAUUACAGAGUACACUAUUCCCUUGACUCUCACUGAACAACAGCGCAGAGAAUUUAAAGGACACAACUCCACGACCUAUUCCGUAAAGGAACACGAGUUAUCGGACUUCGAUCCCCUCUCUACAUACACAUUUUCAGAAAAGAACAACUUUAGUGUCCCCGAUGCUUCCAACAUCCCAGCCAAGACAGGAGAUAUCUUUCAGUCUUUCGACCCACUCCUCGAUUUCACAGAGACAACUGACGUGAAUGCCAACAAGCCGAAUCAGUUUUCAAACAACUUAAUAAAUAUCAACAGUUCGGAUGACCUUGAUGAUUACGUCAGAAAUGGAUCUGAAACGCUUUCCCCAGGAGACAGUGGUCAUUUAACAUUCAGUCUUUCCAGUACUUCUGAAAGUGACGGAGGCAAUGGGCGCGGUAGUCCUGGAAGCUCGGACAGAAAGAGCCCCGCUCGGUCCGCCGACAGCCCAGAAUCUGGCUUCCACGAAACAAUAUUCAGUUCCUCAUCUUCCAACCUGUCCUCGAAACCUCCGAGCAUGUACGAUCAGGACGUCAGAGCCCACAAUAAGAAGCCCAACAUUGCGCCCCAGCCUCAAAACUCAGACAGUUCCGCCUUCGUCAAACAGGAAAACGGUUCUCAAAAUUUGAAGAAGUCGCCGAGUGGUGAGUGGGGCGCGAUGUCCCCCAAGGGCAAAGAGUUGGUGGAUAAGGCCAAACAUUUCGCGGACAUGGUGCAGCCUAAAGUGGUGGUCCGGCGAGAGAAGGAAUCCAGCGUGGAAGGUGAUUUCUCCCAAGACACUCUCCAGAGCCUGGAGCUGCAGAGGAGAGCCAUCAUCUCACAGAGUGUUGUGAAGAGGAAACCCAAUGUCGUCUUGUCCCCAUCAGCUGACCUUGACAAUAAGCUUUUUCAAGAUUCUAUUCAAUCACAAAGUAAGGGACCAAAAAGUGCUAAUCCUAGUGAAUACGGAUACACGUACAUCGAGGAACGUCCAGCCCCACCACCAGAAGUUGGUUGGGUUGACAAACCAGCCGAUAAAAUUAACCUCUACAGUGAAAACGUCAUCAAAGAAGGGGACACUACCGAGGAAAUCAACCGAGAGUCCAUUGCCAACCUGUCCAGCACAAAGCAGCAGUGGGAGAACGUGUUCAAAAGCCAGGAAACAAAUCCAAGUGACACGUCCACGCUGAAGAGGAAGUCCACUCCCAAGUGGGAGGUCCGUUUGCCGUACAAGGAAAAGCCAUCAGCUCCAUUGGUGCCGGAGCAAGAGCAGCAAGAAACAGGGGAGAUAAAGAUGUCUUCCAAGUCUGUGGCUGAAACUGAGAGUGCCAUCGAACGGGAAAUUCGACUGGCUCAUGAAAGGGAAGAAAUGUUGAGGCGUGAGAAAGAGCUAAGGCUCAAAGCUGCCUCUGCUGAAAAACCAAAAAGUCAAGGGCAGACAAUCAUUGCUUCUUUUGAAGCUCAAAGUGCUGAAAGCGAGUCAUAUCAUCCUGCAUACAAUGAGCUAACGGAGGCAGAUAGGGGCCCAGACCUUUGGGGAGUAGGUGCCAAUAAUCGACAUAAUGUAGAAGAUGAUGAAGAUGAAGGUGAUCAGGAGAAGUUUGAUAUUAAUCCAAAUGAAAGCAUCAUUGAGCGGGAAAUCAGACUACAGAGGGAAAGAGAAGAAGAAAUAGCCAAGAUGAGAAAAAAACAGGGAAUAGUAAUCUCAAAAUCUCAAGAAGCACCUACACAGGUUAAAGCUCAGCAUGUUGUCCAGGAACAGUUGGCAGAUGUGAAUCACAACCAUAAAGCAGAAUUGUCCUAUGAAGAGAACUCUCCUCAAGACACAGAAACUUUGAUUGCAAAAGAACUACGAGAGUUACGAGAGAGAGAAGAAGAAAUCAGAAAAAUGCACAGCUCUUUUCAAGGCACCCACAUCAAUGAUGAAAGUGACAGCCAAGUUAGCUGUCAGAAGCCAUCAACCCUAGGGCUUGCUAAAAGUUCACAGCCCUCUCAUGGCUCUCCAUCACCUGGUCAAGGCACAUGGCAGAGAGAUGUAUCACCUUUUCUUUCUCAAAAACGUCGAGAAUCUCAGGAUUCAAAUUCCAGCCACAGUACAGGCCGCACUCCAUCUGAAAGCACACCCGCACUACGCAAUAUCAAAGUUCAGCCACUGGCUGAUGAUAGCAAGGAAGAAAAUAAACCAAACUAUUUUAAGAAACAGGAAACUCCUAUUGAAAGAGAAAUGAGACUCGCCAGGGAACGAGAAAACGAGCUUAGAAGGCAAAAAGGUUUGCCAGAACUUAAAUUCAAUGAAGAUGAUUUUUAUUCUUCUUAUUCUCAUGGCACUGAGAAUGGAACCUCAAAUUCUUCUUCCAAACCCAGUUCUCAUGCUCAGCCAAGUGAUUCCAUGAAAAAAUUUGCUUCCAAUAGAUUACAGCAGGAAUUGAUGCAGCAAAAAGAGAGAGAAUUAGCUCUUCGUAGUGAAGGUAAAAUCAUCUCUACCUCUGAAGAACACAUUGAACCUCUAAAAUACAUGGAGGUGGCCGGAGUGGAUAAAGUGGAUGGAAAAGAAAAAAGAAACUUUGUGACCAAAAGGUCAUCUGUGAUCUACACUGAGAUAGAAGCUGUAACACCAACACAAUCAGAUGUGACAUCCCCAGUAAGCCAGCCUGGCAAGAAAACUGCAUCAGCUGCUGGUGGCCAGUUGUUUUCUUACAAAGAGUUUAAACAAACAGCAGAAUCUAAAAUUGAAAGAGAACUUAGAGAGAUGAGAGAAAGAGAAGAAGAACUCAGAAAACAGAGGAAAGAGGUCACUGGGGAAUCUCCAAGAUAGUUACCAGUUUCAAGUUCACUUCCUAAUGAUACUACUAAGCUUAUUUUUUUUAAUUAAAAUUUUAGCCCUGAACUUUGAAAGGUCAAAGUUUAAUUUGUACAAGAAGAAGUGCCUUAAAGAAAAUUAUUAGCACUUCUUAAAACAUAUCAUGAAUGAUUUCAUAUGAUUAUUACCUAAAUGGAUCUUGUACUUCAUCAGUUGGUUUUGUCUGAAGAAUUUUGUUCAUUACUUCAAAAAGAGAAGUAAAUGAAUCCAAAUUUUGUAACUUAAAAUUGUUUGUGUGGAUAGAUGUAUUAAACAAUUGUUGUCUUUUUUUGGCCAUAAAACAAAUAACUUUUUAACAAAUUUGUAUUUAGCCAUAGUGAAAUGUUUGUGUUUUUGUAUCAAGUAUCUUGUGUUGUACUGCAAGUAAAUAGUGCAAGUAUCUUGUGUAGUACUGCAAGUAAACAGUGCAAGUAUCUUGUGUAGUAAAAGUACCCUUUUAGAGCUUGCAGUCUACUGGGCAGAUGAUGUAAAGCAAAUGUGUUUCUAUGGCCAUGUUUAGUACUGCAAGUAAAUAUAUAGUGCUAGUACCUUGUGUAUUACUGCCAUAAUGAUGAAAACUAAUGAAUUUUUUUUCUUUAAUAUUAUUUGGUUUCGUUUUAUUAAUUUAGUGUACAUGCAAUAUAGCUGACUUGUUAGUUGGUUUAUAUUUCUUAAUGUCUAUUUAUAGUUUUCGUUGUAAUGUUUAAUUUAGUCAACUUAACCAAAGUCAUAUUCUUCUUUUUAUAUUUUUUUGUUAACUCAUAGUGUUGUGAUAAAAAUACUUAAUAUAUAUAUUUAUACACUAUUUUGGUUACAUCAUUAAUUUUUUAAGUUACAGUGAGAGAUAUAUUGACAGUGAAAAAAAAAUGUUAAAAGGUAGCAUUUUUAACAUUCAUUAGGCUACCUCUUUUUGUUAAGACAUUUGUUUAGGGGCCAAGGUUGGAUAGAAAUUCCUAUAUUUAUAUUAUAAUAACAAGGACAUGUUGAGCUUGAUUUUUUAAAGCUAUUUUCCAAUACUUAUAUAACAGUCAUUUUUAUCAGUUGUUGGCUAAGAAUUUAAGACAGAUGGCCAUAUAAAGGUUUUUUUUAAGUCUAGUAUGUGUCACAGGUCGAAGCUAGUUUUGACCUUAGUCAUGUUGAGUGUAUCUCCUGGUCACCUGUAUAUUAGUGUAUUAGAAUUGUCUCUCCCUGUAAUAUAUUUUUUAUAUAUCAUUAUAUUUAUUUUAUAAAUAAUUUUUUUAAACUGCAAAAUGUUUUGUUUAAAAAAAAAAAGCAUAUUUAUCAUUGAAAAAAAAAUCAGAUGAUGCUUUGUAUAUCAUCAUACAUGUCUCAGCCAAAUAUAUGGUUAAUAAUAAAAUGUAUACAGAUUUUGUUAAAUGUAUGCUCACUGUAUAUUGAAAUUAUUUCAUAAUUCUGUUAUACUAAGACAUUCAGAAACGUGUACACUCUUGACUAAGCAGAGAAUACUGAACAAAAAUGUAUUGUGCAUUUCAUAAGAACAAGCUUCAAUGCUAUGACUUGUCUGAAGAUACAAAUCUGAGACAGAGAUAACAAAAUACUUUGAACACUAGCAUUUAUUACUCUAUGUGUACCUCAACUAAUAUUUUAUGCAAUAGCUUGAUGUAUAUAUAGGAAUCAUACUACUUUAUUAUAGAGACCAGCUACGGUAAGUAUUUCAAAAUUUUAACAAUUUUUAGGGUACAUACAAAUGAGGUCAGUAAAGAACAAGCCCGGUGAGCAAGACUAAAAUCUCCGUCUAUGCCUUGUUCCCGUCAUGUCUUUAUACAUGUGGAGUAAAAACGUAAAUAGUGCACCCUAAACUUUUAAAACUAUCAUUUGGGGUAUGAAAUUAUAAUGAAACAAAAAAUUUCCAUAAUGGGCCUUUCAUUGUACAAACAUAAAAAUAUUGGUGUCUUUGUUCCAAUAUUUUAAAAAUGUCAGGAAAUUAUUAUUUUUUUCUGUACAGGUACAAGACUUUUUACUGAAAAAUGGAAAUGAAAUUCCAAUUAUUUAAACAUAUCUUGUGUAUUGGCCAGUAACAUCAGUAAUAAAAUUAAAAGAAUCAAGAAUUGCAUUAUGAGGUGUUGUAACCAUCCGUUUGGUAAGAAGUCAUUUGUACUAGUGAAUCACAAGAUUUAUUUUUUGUUUGAUGUGACAAUACUGUACCUUAAAUAAGAUUAUCUUAAAACUCAGUCUAAAUAGUCUAAUUAUGCAAUGAGUCUUGAAUGUUUAAUACACUAGCAGUGUGUUGGUUCAUUUAUUUUGUAUAUAUAGUAUUUAUUUUAAUUGCAUUUCACAAAAUUUGUGUUCCAUAGAAUUUAUGUAAAAAGUUCAUGAUAGAAAAUAAGUCUGCAAUAAUAGACUAGUUUUGUCUUUUUUUUUCUUCCCCUUUUCAUGUAAAAAGCCCAAACAAACUAAUCUUAUAGAAUGGCCAUUGAAAAUGUCAAGGUUGUUGAUAAUUAAAUGAGAAAAAAGUAGAAUUGUUAAGAAGUGAUGAACAAAUCAGAUUAAUAGUUGAUGUUAGUUUGGACAAUUAAUUUGUUUUCUAUCUAGCUCUGACAACAUUCCAUAUGUUAUUUAUUUAUAACCUUUCUAAUUUGUACUUGUAAACUCUGAUAUCUAUAUAACAAAACUUUGUAUAUCUCCAACAUUCCUAAUAACUUCUAUAACAGAGUGCCUUUUUGUUUACAUGUUUUCAUGUGCAAUGUAUUUUAGAUUUGAGCACAUUGUCUUGUUUUGUUUAGUUAUACAUUCCAUAUCUGACAGACUACUGACUAUUUUGUUUAGUUAUACAUUCCAUAUUUGACAGACUACUGACUGAGUCCAUUUCUCUCCUCCACACCAACUGUCCUGACUACUGCUCCAGAACAUUUUUUUCAUACCAUAUUUUGGUUUUCUAGACUUGAAUUUGACUUUAGAGUAAUUGUACUUAGUUGCUGAACAAUGAUGACAUUAACUCUGUUACAAUAAUCAUGUUAUCUCUUUGUUAUAAUAUUUCUAUAUUUAAAUUGGAAUAAAAAUAUAUCUAACUCAA